AUGCCUCACACUAAGACCCCCGGUGGCUCUGGCAUGUCCGAGAAGGAGCAGAAGAAGCAAGCCCAGACCCACGGUACUGGUGCUGACAACGCCCCAGGCCACACUGAGCUCAAGGCCCCCGGCGAGGCCCCUGUCGCCUCUGACUCUGGUGUCACCCGCGUCGGCAUCGACAACGGUACCAACCAGCCCGGAGAGAAGGGCAUUGGCGGUGUUCCCGUCUCGAACGAGUCCACCACCAACGCCAACAUGAAGUAA